AUGGUGGACUACACCACGGGCAUGAUGCCCCUGCAUCCGGUCCACAAGCCGCCCUACACAAUCGAGGCUCCUGGCUACGAAAAGGUGCCCGGCGAGACAAUUCCUCGUCGCCACCCCCGUGCCAAGAACGGCCUUCUCAGCCGCCCUGCCGACGAUGUCCGCAACAUUUUCGACAUCGUGCGCCGCAGCGCCCGUGCCUACCCUAAUCACCAAGCUCUAGCCUCCCGCAAGCUGGUCAAGCUUCACAAGGAGACCAAGAAGGUGAAGAAGAACGUCGGCGGGGAGGUGCAAGAGGUGGACAAGGAAUGGCAGUUUUUCGAGCUUUCCAGCUACUCGUACAUCACCUACAAGGAGUACGAGACUCUGGUCCUCGAGCUUGGCUCGGGUCUACGCAAGCUGGGUCUCACUCCAGAGAGCAAGCUUCACUUUUUCGCUACAACCAGCUUGCCAUGGAUUUCCAUGUCUCACGCAUGCGCCUCGCAGUCCAUCCCCAUUGUUACCGCCUACGAUACCCUCGGCGAGAGCGGCGUCGAGCACUCCCUUAUUCAAAGCGACGCGACCGCCAUGUUUGUCGACCCUCAACUGCUGAAAACGGCUGCCAGCCCGAUCAAGAAGUCGAGCGUCAAGACCGUCAUCAUCAACGCGGAAUGCAUCUUCGCUGCCGGCGGAGAAGUGGAGGACUUCAAAAAGAACAAUCCUGACCUCAAUGUCCUUACGUAUGAAGAGCUUCGCAAGCUUGGCCAAGAAAACAUGGUAGAACCCGUGCCUCCCAAGCCCGAAGACCUCUACUGCAUCAUGUAUACCUCUGGGUCCACUGGUCCCCCCAAAGGCGCUUGCCUCACCCACGAAGCUGUUGUCGCCGCACUUACCGGUCUCCUCACCUGUGUGGAUGAGUCCGUGAGCGACAAGGAAUUCGUGCUGGCUUACUUGCCUCUUGCCCACAUCUUCGAAAUGGUGCUUGAAAAUCUGGUGCUCUUCAUUGGUGGCACUUUGGGCUACGGCAACCCGCGCACCUUGUCCGACGUUUCCGUCAAAAACUGCGCGGGUGACAUGCGAGAGUUCAGGCCAACCGCCUUGGUUGGCGUGCCGCAGGUGUGGGAGACGGUCAAGAAGGGCGUCAUGGCCAAGCUCGACAGCUCCAGCCCUCUGCUGAAGAACCUCUUUUGGGGAGCCUUUAGCUACAAGGCCUUCAUGUCCAAGAACAAGCUCCCCCUUGCCGGCAUCUUUGACGGCAUCGUCUUCUCCAAGGUGCGCGAGCUAACGGGCGGUCGUCUGCGGUUCACCAUGAACGGGGCCAGCGGCAUCUCCGACAGCACCAAGCAGUUCCUGUCUCUCGUCCUGGCCCCCAUGCUCGUCGGCUACGGCCUCACGGAAACUUGCGCCAACGGCGCCCUGGGCUGCCCGCUCGAGUUUUCCCCCGACGCCAUCGGGCCCAUCCCCGCCGCCAUCGACGUCAAGCUCGUGUCCGUGCCCGAGCUCGGCUACAACACGGACAACGUCAAGGUGCCGCAGGGCGAGAUCUGGAUGAAGGGCUUGCCCAUCCUCAAGGAGUACUACAAGAAUCCCGAGGAGACGGCCAAGGCCGUCACCCCGGACGGGUGGUUCAAGUCGGGCGACAUUGGCGAGUUCGACGCCAAGGGCCACUUGAAAGUCAUCGACCGUGUCAAGAACCUGGUGAAGAUGCAGGGUGGCGAAUACAUUGCCCUGGAAAAGGUGGAGUCUGUCUACCGCGGAGCCCAGACCGUCGCCAACAUCAUGGUGCACGCCGAUCCCGAGCACUCGCGGCCGAUUGCCGUCAUCAUGCCCAACGAGAAGGUGCUGGUGGAAAAGGCCAAGAACCUGGGCGUCGACGAGCACGACAUGCACACCAGCGCCAAGGUCCGCGACCUCGUCCUCAAGGAUCUGCAGAGCACGGGCAAGCGGUCCGGCCUGAGCUCCAUGGAGAUUGUCGCCGGGGUCGUCAUCACAGAAGAGGAAUGGACCCCCCCCAGCGGUCUCGUCACCGCCACCCAGAAACUGAACCGAAGAGCCAUCCGCGACAAGUACAAGACGGAGAUUGAGCAGUGCCUCAAAAACGCGUAG